AUGUCCAAGUUUAUUAUACCUGAAUAUUUUAAUCGAAGUUGCUCUAGGUGGAAUGUAAAAGAUUUUUUAGAGGAAUAUGAAGAUAAAGAUGACUUAAGUGAAAAAUUAGGUAUUUACCUUAGAUCCCUUGAGACCAUCGCCGAUAAUGAAGAAGGACAAAGGAGUAAACGAGCAAAGGAGUUGCUUCUAAAAUAUAGAGAGGUGAAUGUACUUUUCUUGGUUAAAAAAUAUAUAGAGAGAAAAAGUUUGGUAGCGUGUGCGAGAUCUAGAGGGUUUCGUACAUUCAAGUCUAGAGGGCGAGCUACGAAGGUUGUCUUACGUUCAAGGCUAAAGGCUGACCCGAAUAAUCGGCCCGAUCGUCAAAAAGUACGGAACUUGAAUAGUGGGCGUAUGAGUGGUAACCCCUCAAUUAGCAUUAAUAAUUCAACCGUUUCUGGAAAUGUUCAAGGAAUUGUUUCGAAGAGAAAAGUAAUUAGUAAUGCCCUGGACCAAAAGAAUAUACAAGCAAAAAAGCAAAGACUACCGUACGUAGAACAAAAUAUUGAGGAUGAAUAUGAUGAGAAAGGAUUCCCGUUAUCUUUCGAAUCCUCUCAAUUAUUAUCUUUGCAAGAGAUGAUUUCGGAAACUAUUAAAAGCAGUGAAGGUUUGGAUAUCAAGUUACUUAAAUGGCAACAACAUACUCUUCAACAAUUGUCUAAUGGAAUUGGUUAUCCGUCUAAGCAAAAUAUUCAUAAUAUACUUGGUGCAUCAUCCAUUUUUUAUUUUCAACAAAAAAACGAACAAAGUUAUGGUGAUUUUUUAGCAUCAGAUGAAUUGUUAGCAAUUUGGUCACGUGUUAAAUCAAAGUUCAAAAAACUUGCAAUUCCAGAGGAAAUAAUUGAAUUUGUGAAAGAACGAAAGAAGAGUUUUCAACAAGAUAGCCUGGAAACAAUCGAAAGGUCCCUUAGACAAAAUUCCACAGCUUUAUCUGGAGAUCUCUUAACGAGGGCAUUUUUUAAACUAUUAGAAGAAUGCAUCUUAUGGGAGUUCUCUACUAAUGUAGAUGAAUUAACGGAAGGAACAUUUGUGACGGAUUUCAUUGCGCCAUUAUUUAAUAAAACAGUUCAUUAUUUUAAUUAUACUACAUCACAUUCAUGGAUAGAUGUAGAAUCAAAAGCUUCCAAAUUACGCCGAGGGUACGGCCGAUGCCCUGACUAUAAAUUAAAUAAUAAAGAUGGUACACGCACGGGUGUACUUGCUGAGGUAACGAGCCCCAAACGUAAAAAUGAUGAGUCAAAAAUAUAUUGGGAUAUCUAUCGAGGAGCAAUAAACGCAAAAGACGAAAUAGACCAGGAUAUAAAACAAAACGAAAUAUGUCCGGAUGAAGCAAAGCGAAUCAUCAUUUUCAUCGUCGGAUUUAAAAUGAGUGUAUGCAUCUUAGACCUUUUGUCACCAGGUAUAUAUAUAUUGGCAGAAGUAGAUUCGUUAAUUAUUCCAAAAACCGUUAGGAACCCAGAGUCAAUAAUGAAAUUAUAUCAAAUUUUAAUGUCUAUCCGGGAUAACGCGGUAGAUAUAUUAGGUGAUCGAAGUUGCACUACUCCUCUUCAAACAAAUUAUUCAACGUGGUUACGUCCAACUGCCAUAACCCCAAAUAAAACAUAUAAUUGA